AUGCGUUUCCUCUUGCACGUUGAGGCACUUGCGGUGCCUCUCCUCCUGGGCAUUGUCUCUGCUUCUCCAAGCCGUCUUGUACAGAGAAACGCGUCUUCCUUGACGAAUGGCAAGACCUCCCUGACCCUCCUGACAACGGCUACCCCUUCGAACGAGAUCGUGGUGGCAUCAGGAGGCAACGAGUAUGUCGGAUUCCGCAACAAGAAAUCUUUCCGUUUCCUGGGGAUUCCUUACGCGGAUCCGCCCAAACGAUUCGAAUAUACAAACCUCUACUCGCCCAAAUCGCAGACCAUCAAGGCGACUGCCUAUGGCUCCCAGUGUGCCCAGGUGGGAGGCGGCAGCGAGGACUGUCUGUUCUUGAACAUUCAGACUCCAUACAUCCCGACGGCCGGAUCAACUAAGGACCUCAGACCCGUGUUGUUCUGGAUUCAUGGAGGUGGCUUCACUGGCGGCACCGGCGCUGAUCCUCUGACCGACGGUGGUGACCUGGCUUCUCGCGAGGACAUCGUGGUCGUUACCAUCAACUACCGACUUUCGACCCUGGGCUUCCUUGCCAUCCCGGGAACGGACAUUCGCGGGAAUUAUGGCAUCGCCGAUCAGAUCCUUGCUUUGGAGUGGACUAUCAACAACAUUGCCCAGUUUGGAGGUGAUCUCCAUCAGAUCACGAUCAUUGGCGAAUCCGCGGGAGCAGGGUCCGUGAGAGUCUUACUGGGAUCGCCACAGGCGCUGGGGAAGUUCCAAGGCGCAGUUUCCAUGUCCAAUCUGGGCGGUGGAGUCGAUCUCGGCUUGACGGGUGACUAUGCGACCACGUACAGCUCGUACUUGACCAUCGAGGGUUCGUAUGCAGUUGCCGGUCAACAGAUCUUCUCCGAGGCCGGCUGCAACCAGACCAGUCUGUCGGAGCAAAUUGCAUGUCUCAAAGAGGUGCCGGCCCUGACCCUGGUCGGUCUGAGAACAGUGGCCCGCUAUGUCGUCCAGGACGGCCAUUACGUGAAUACGGAGGAGCUCGACGUGGUCAACCGAAACGGCAGCACGGCCAACGUCCCGGUUAUCUUUGGCAACGUUGCCAAUGAUGGCGCCUCGUUCUCGACUUACCCGAAGACACCGGUCACUUCGGAGUUGGAAGGGACGAAAUCCGGCGUCUUCAAGACGGCGUAUUACUAUCAGAUGGACCGGACGUCUGGGGGAUACGACCCCAACAACCUGGGAGGACUGCCAGUGACCCCUGGCUAUCCGAACGGCAACCCCAACCUGCCGUACUUCCGCCUGCACGGCUCCGACCUGCCCUGGGUCUUUGGCAACCUGUCGACCCUGCGCGACGCCCAGGACCUGUAUUCCAUCCAGCUGACGUCCGCGUACUUUGCGGAAUUCGUCAAGUCCGGCCAGCCCAACCCACCGGCCGCCUAUCUGCAAGUGCGAGGCUAUCAAACCACGCUGGAGGGGAUCCAGAAGGUCGGUCCCUGGAAGCCCGUUGGGGGUCCGACGGGCCCGAUCCAGCUGAUGGACUACUCCAGUCGAGAGGCGCCGUUCCAGGACUUGGAGCAGUUUUUUGGUAAUAUCAACAAACUUGAAAUACAGAAUGGUCAACGUGCCAAGGGCAGCCACCCCAAGACCCCUGCACUCCGGGCAAGACUAUUACAUGUACCAUCCGGGGCAGACGAUAGCUUAUUCAACUACACGUCCGGCCGCUGGCUGUAUGAUGAGCAGCGACAACUGGCAAGACGACAUGUCAGGUUUGAUGCUGACGCUCUGCAGCAGAUCGCUGCCCGAAGGCUCAACAACAACACGAGAUGUCUUGAGAUAACGAAGCUACCGGAAGAUAUAAAACCACACCUACGCAAUGUUCUCGACAUUCCUGUCCCCAAAGUCAUUGGUUGGAGCGACCCUUUCUCAUCACAGCAGCAGAACCCUGUCGGCGCGGAAUACAUCCUCAUAGAGAGGAUCCAAGGCCGUCAACUGAGUGAAGUUUGGCCUUCCAUGUCUGAAGCCCAGCGCUUUGGACUGGUCAAGAGCCUGGUGCAGAUUGAGGCGAAGCUGGUAAAUGCAAACAUUGGGGCCUACGGCAGCUUGUAUUAUAGGGACGAUUGUCCUGAUGGAUGGGAUGUUGCGGAUCCUGCCCUAUCCCUGUCGUCGAAUAACUGGAUGAAGGGUGCUCUGGCGAAGUUUGUUCUUGGCCCUAUCACUGAGCGGUCGUUUUGGGCUGAUGAAAGACGAGAUUUGGAAUGCGAUCGAGGUCCAUGUACGUUUGAUCCUGGAACUUGGAAAACAUCUCCUGUUACUCUUAGGCGAAGACGAACUGACUGGAUUCUGGCAUUCGCAGGGAGGACGGCAGAGGACUACAUCACAACAGUUGUCAACUGGGAAAUUGCUUGCAUCCGAGCCAAUGCGACUGGCAAAGAUGGCGACAGUUCCCUGCUCGCUGGAACAGUGUCUGCAACGCCUGAAAAGCACAUUCGACUCCUUGAGCAAUUUCUGACGGUUCUCCCUCACAUUCUGCCUCCAGAAGAGAUCAAUUAUCCCGUACUGCUACAUCAUGAUCUUCACGCGGAUAAUAUCUUCGUUGACGAAGCAGACCCGACGAAAAUCUCAGACAUCAUCGACUGGCAGGCCGUGUAUGCCGCUCCGCUGUUCCUCCAGGCUCGAUUCCCCUCGCUGGUCGACUGUGACGAUCCGUACCCAUGGGGUGCAGUCCAGCCCGAGCUACCAGAAGACUUUGAUACGCUGUCUCCGGCGGAGAAAGAGGCAGCAAAGGAGGAACUUGAUAGAGUGCGAUUGAAGAAAUUCUACGAAAUCGCGUCGAGGAAAUUCAACCCCGCUAUCUUCAGGGCUAUGGACGCGAUGAGAAACGAUGACGACCCCACCGCUUUCAUAUUCCAUAUCAUCGGGCAGUCGUCUUCUGACGGUCCAGUCCCACUCCGAGAGCUUCUCAUCCAGAUCUAUGAAAAAUGGGAUGGGAUCACUGAAAAGACAGGCUCGAGGGCCCCUUGCCCGAUCUCGUUCACGGAAGAAGAAAUCAAGCAAGCCCGACAACAGGCGCAAGCCUGGGCGGACGUGUAUAACGAGUUCGACCGUCUACGGACCGAAAUCGUGGGUAAAGACGGGUGGGUUUCGCACGAAGAUUACGAGGAUGCUCUGCGCCGGUUCAACAGUCACAAGGAGACUUUGGAGAAGCUGGGGAAGCAACUCAGUGAAGUGGCGAGACUGAUGUAA